AUGCUCCGCGGCGACUUGUACUAUGCCUUUACGCCGGAUCUCGCCCAGGAUCGAAAGGAGUGCGUGAGGGCGUGUAGGAAGCUGAAUACGGCGGUGGAACCUUCGAGGAGAGAGCAGGUUGAGAUUUGGAGAGAAAUCACCAGAGAUGAAACUCCGCUACCACCCAAGGCAGCAACCGAAGAAGAAGACGAAGCACUCCUAGACGACUAUCCAAUCGUCGAAAUCGGUAUAAGAGCAGACUACGGGUACAACGUCCGCCUCGGCAAAAACGUCUACGUCAACGCAAACAGCACCUGGAUCGACACCUGCCCCAUCACCAUCGGCGCGCGCACCAUCAUGGGCCCCGGCUGCAGCUUCUACUCGGGCACGCACCCGCUGGACCACCGCGUGCGCAACGGAACUCGCGGCCCGGAGACGGGGAAGCCCAUCGUCGUGGGCGAGGACUGCUGGCUGGGCGGUGGCGUGACGGUGUUGGCGGGCGUGACGAUUGGCAAGGGGUCGGUGGUUGGGGCGGGAAGUGUUGUGACCAAGGAUGUGCCUGAGGGAGUUGUCGUGGUGGGAAACCCGGCGAGGGUGUUGAAGACGAUUGUCAAGGAGGAAGUUAAUGGUGCGGCGUGA